UGGCGUCAAUGGAGUUUCUUCUGCUUCCUCUUUUUGCUGUAUUUUGUAUGGUUUUGGUAGGAAUCAAUGCUUCUGUACCCUCUGAAGAUUACUGGCAUUCCAAGUUACCAAAUACUCCAAUUCCUGCUGAACUUCAAAAUCUCAUUCAGCCUAAUGCAGAAAUUGGAGGCAAGUUUUUCUUUUGGGAUAUGGGCUUCAACAAUGACCACUCUUUGCUUCAAUCUGCUGAUGAUAAGAGGGAAAAGUAUGGAAAGAGAUAUGACGCGGCAUUUGCAGAAGGAACAAACGACAAGAGGGAAAAGUAUGGAAAGAGAUAUGACGCGGCAUUUGCAGAAGGGACAAACGACAAGAGGGAAAAGUAUGGAAAGAGAUAUGACGCGGCAUUUGCAAAAGAGACAAACGACAAGAGGGAAAAGUAUGGAAAGAGAUAUGACGCGGCAUUUGCAGAAGGGACAAACGACAAGAGGGAAAAGUAUGGAAAGAGAUAUGACGCGGCAUUUGCAGAAGGGACAAACGACAAGAGGGAAAAGUAUGGAAAGAGAUAUGACGCGGCAUUUGCAGAAGGGACAAACGACAAGCGGGAAAAGUAUGGAAAGAGAUAUGACGCGGCAUUUGCAGAAGGGACAAACGACAAGCGGAAAAAGUAUGGAAAGAGAUAUGACGCGGCAUUUGCAGAAGGGAUAAACGAUAAGAGAGAAAAAUAUGGAAAGAGAUAUGACGCGGCAUUUGCAGAAGGGACAAACGAUAAGAGAGAAAAAUAUGGAAAAAGAUAUGACGCGGCAUUUGCAGAAGGGACAAACGAUAAGAGGGAAAAAUAUGGAAAAAGAUAUGACGCUGAAUUCAAAAAGCACUCCCUUCCUAACUCAACUGUAUUCUUUUUACAAAAGGAUCUACAAAUUGGCCAAAAAAUGAAACUUCAUAUAACUAAAUCAUCAAACAAGGCUAAAUUUCUGCCCCGUGAAGCUGCUGAAUCUAUGCCUUUCUCGAGCAAAAAUUUACAAAAGAUCCUGCAGAAAUUCUCAAUAAAACCCGAUUCGAAGCAAGCCAAGAUGAUAAAGCAAACAAUAGAGGAUUGUGAGUCUCCAGGCAUCAAAGGAGAAGAAAGAUAUUGCCCUACAUCAUUAGAAUCCUUACUUGAUUUUGCUCUUCCAGUUGUUGGUAAUAAAACCAAAAUACUAUACAAUGAGAUAGAUAGGCCAACAAGGAUACAAGAGUACACUAUCAUGGGAGUUGAAUUGGCCGGAGAAAACCAAGUGGUGUGUCACAAACAGAAGUACCCUUAUGCUGUGUAUUAUUGCCACUCAGUAAGUGCUACUAAGGUAUACCAAGCUCCAUUAGUAGGUGCUGAUGGGAUCAAAGCCAAAGCUGUUGCAAUUUGCCACUCAGAUACUUCACAUUGGAAUCCACAACAUUUAGCAUUUUUGAUGCUCAAUAUCAAACCUGGUGAAGCAACUGUGUGCCACUUUAUUAGAAGUGAUACCAUUGUUUGGACAUCUAAUAAAGCCAUCAGCAAUUAGAAGCAGAAAUAAUGAUGUAUUGUCCAUAAUGUUGCUUGAAUAAGCCACUCUUGAAAGUGUGCAUGCUUUGUGUUCAUAUAUGUUGUUUUUCUUGUAAUAUGUAUAAUAAUGUUAUAAGUUCUAAUAAAAUGUUCUGAUUGUGUUA